UCCAGCCCUGUCGAAGAUUAUCUCACUUUUCACCGCUUCGGCUGGCUUCAGUUCACUUCGCGAGACAGAUUCAAACGCCCGGCGAUACGCUGCCAGAGAUGACAACACCUAUACCUAAACCCAGAGGCUGCUACAGGCUUGGGGUGGCCAUCCGGACAUCUGUAGAAGGGGAUCUGUUAUAUGAUGUUCCAGAUUCAGAAACAGCUGGAAAACAAGAUGGACUUCAGGGAAAAUUGAAUUCUUCCAUUACAGGAACUUCUUGCACAUCUGCUUCUGUGGGACUUGCUGAAAAUGGUGACAAGCCUGUCAUCCUAAACAGUCUCCAAAACGGUCUUCAAGCCAUCCCUACUGUCCAGGACACCACAGAUGACAAGCGACUCUCUGACAUUUCUGACCCACGGUCUCGGCCGAUUCAGAGUCAUGAGAGCCCCAGCCUGAAUCCCUCUGCUCCACCAGUGGAUUCCAGCAUGGGCAUUAAGACUGCUGAUGAGUCCGGUCAAACUUCCAGCUUUAACUGGCCCGAUUCUCCUCCACCCAGUCCUACUGAACACCUGGACUGUGUCCUCAAGAACUUAUCUGAGUGGGCCACAGACCCUGGAGAUGACACACCCAACGAAGAGGAGUUUACCCUCACCCCUGCGACCCCAAAGUCAGAGGAUGAUUCUGCUACUGGGACUCAAGUGAGAGAAGGCACUAAACAGCCAAAAGAGAAGUCUCAUUCUGACAGUUCUCCAGUGUCCAGCAAUCAGGCCAGUGUCACCAACAGCGGACAGCCCCCUCAGCCAGGCAAAGAGCAGGCUACCAUGCAGACCAGACCAAUGAAACAGAAGGCGCCCCGCACUGCCACCAUUCGAGUCAGCAGGAAGAAACAGGGCUUGGUGGAGUGGAACGGGGGCGUUCAGGCGGGUGAUGUACCACACAGGGAGGGUGUGGUGUCUCGAUCCAGCUGGCUGGACGUGUGGCAAGGCCGCAAGCACCAUGUGCUGUGGGCCACAUUGGACGGGCAGCUGAUGUCUCUGUGGAAGAAACGCACUGAAAAGUUCACAGAGGUGGUGUUCCACGUGUCAAGCAUCACCAACGUCCGAGCACAGGACCGCAGCCGCUUCUCCAUCUACUUCGGCAAGAAGCACAUUGAGUUCAUGGCGCACAGUGAGGCUGUGCAGGAUGGCUGGGUGAGCUCCCUGCAUGCCUCCCGGGGACAGGACCCCCCGCUGGGGCCCGAGCAGCACGGACAGCUCACCAUGAAGGACCCCCGCACUAAGGUGUAUGCAGCCAUCUAUGGCCACAACCUCUGGAUCUACCGCAACAGAGAGGACUUUGGCGCGGGGCUUGGUAUGCUCUAUGUGUCUAUGAAUGUGGCAUCAGUGAAGCAGACGGGCCGUCACAGUUUCAACCUCAUCACACCCUACAAGACCUUCAGUUUCUCGGCAGAUUCGUCCCGGGAGCUGGCGGUGUGGCUGGGGUGUCUGACCCAGGUGAUCCGCAACGCCUUGUCCUGCAGCGAGGUGGCGCAGCGCCUGUGGGCCAGCCCCUGGAACAAGGUCUGCGCAGACUGCGGCUGCGGCAACCCCGAGUGGGCCUCCGUCAACCUGCUGGUGGUUAUCUGCGAGGCCUGCGCAGGCCAGCACCGUUCAAUGGGGAUAAACAUAUCUAAAGUACGCAGCCUGAAGAUGGACAGUAAGGUGUGGACGGAGCCCCUAAUUCAGCUUUUUGUGCUGUACGGGAACAAGGUUGCCAAUGAUGUGUGGGCCCACAAUGUUCCCGCUGCUGAGCAGAUCCUGCCAGAUGUCACCCCAAAUGAGCGAAAUGCUUUCGUUAAGGCAAAAUACAUCCAGGGCCGCUACAGACGGGCACAUCCUCUGGCCUCUAGCCAGAAAUUGCUGAAUCAGAGGCUGUGUGAGGUGGUGGUCGGCCCUGACAUCCCAGAGACCAUGUCACUGCUGUGUUCGGGAGCACGGGUUCUGUGUCACUCAGGGGACCCCCAAUUCCCCUCGCCCAUCUCAUUGGCAGAGCACGCGGGACAGGCCAUGCAGACAGAACUCCUGAGACACAAUGAGUACACAGAUGCCCCUGUGUAUAUCCAGAAAAGGUCAUCCAAAAACCGCCCAACAUCCACCUCCUUUGCUUUCGACCCAUCCUCUACGGCAGGGCAGGAGGAGCUCCACGGGAAGUUGGAGGACGACCUUUUCCUGUUCUCUCAGGAGAAUGACUCGGCUGCCUGUGACGUUCUGGACCUUAGAGAAGUCAUGUCCAUCUUUGACUACUCUUCCGGAGGGACCCACAGGUUUGAGAUGCUGACGCUAACAGACGAACUGCAGUGCAACACUGACACCAGGGAGGAACUCCUGUUACACCUGACACACAUUCUGAAGGUGGUUCUACCAGGGUCUGUCCAAGACGAGGAGCUGGAGGGGGUGCAUGCUGUGUCACGGGUCUCCAUGCGAGAGGGGGGCGGCCUGCAGUAUUCUGAGGUUUGGGUGGCCCUCAGGCGGAAUGAAAUGCUCAUCUACCCCACAGGGGGGCGCAAGAAAGAUAAGCUGGUGCUGACCCCGGACACUGGCCUCAACCUGGAUUCCUCUGAAAACACCAUUGAAUUGGUCAUGGCAGAGAGGACCGUGUCCAUGCAGUUUGAGCGCGACGACACCUGCUGCUGCUGGGACAGGCUGCUGAGGAAAGCAGUGCCCCCCGCACAGGAAGCGCGGCGCAGGUCUCUGUACCAGCUGCCCACUGUUGCCAACGGCAAAGUGCCCCCGGCCGUAGAGAGAUGCAUCUCCCACAUCACACAGCACGGCCUGAAAGUGGACGGUAUCUACCGGCGCUGUGGCAUGGCAACCAAGAUCGCCCAGCUGGUGGAGGAACUGACCAGCUCACCCACCGGGGCGCAGCUGGAGACCAGUGAGAUGGCUGUGCUGGACACGGCCGGAGCCCUCAAACAGAUCCUCCGCCAGCAGGUGGUCCUGAUCCCAGAGGCGCACAUGGGGUCAUGGGUGAACGCAGCAGCACACACAGAAGAGGCUCAGAGACUGGACGCAUACCGCAGAGCUCUGAACGACCUCCCCCCUGACAACAGAGCCACCCUCAGUGCCCUCUGUGAGCACUUCUACAUGGUUCAGCUGUACAGCCACGAGAACCGGAUGACAGCUCAGAACCUGGCCCUGGUGUUUGUCCCCACUCUGUUCCAGGACCUGGCCAUGAACACCAACAUGGUGCGCCUCACCCGUGAGCUCAUCAUCCACUACACCCUCGUCUUCCAGGAAGGAACAAAUGAUACAUAUAUGGAGGGUGAAGAAAUGGUGACUGUUUUCUGAAAUGCGGAGAGAUGAGGAUCCAUACCGCCAUACGGAUAUGCCAACACAGCAGAACUGUAUAUGCAAUCAGCUCAUCUCUGAAGCAGAAACACUUGGAGGUGCUUUCUGUACUUGAGACUGAACAUGAUUUGGAACUUCUGUCUACCCUAGAGUGCUGACAUUUGUGUCAGAGAAUACUGAAUUUGUGCGUAUGCCAUGACACAGUUUGUCAUACUUGCCUUAUAAACCUCAAUAUGAAUUCAUCCAGGUAAAACAAAUAAUCUCCAGAUAUAUUCAGCAUGUUUCUGCCUACACUUACUGCAAGUUCAGCUACAUACAGAUGUCAUCAGUCAGUGUUUGAACCAUUUUGCAUUGGUGUAUAAUUUAUAUGGUUUCCAGAUAAGUGUUUGCUGAAAGUAAGUUUUAUAUCAUAAGAAGUUUCUGAUUUUAAUGUUUUUCAGAAGCUAAGGGCAACUUGAAAUUAUUUUUUUGACCACACCUUUGGUUGAGCCAAGUUUGAAAUGAUAUCCAUGCAGUGUUUUUUGUAAUAUACCUAUAUAAAAGCAACAUAUUCUGGUUUUAAAAUGGGCGUGUGGAGGUUAAAAUGUACCUUUGCUCACUUUGUUCUAAACAGGAACACAGGUAGUUUUUUUUUCUUUGCUGGUAGGCACUUUCUUCACUCAUUAUGUAGCUCGUAAUGUGACGUUAAAACAGGCUAGGCACAUAUACAGGUGCACACAAAUGGAAGAUCUGCAAAAAAGUGAGCAUUUUAUUUCUUUUCUGAAAGGUCAGUCUUGAGUUGCUUCUCUGAUUUGCUCCAUAUGAUGCUGCCUCAUUUAUUUGAUAUGUGUACCUGGAGUACCUUUGCAGAAACUGAGGCAUUGCUGUAAAAUAUAGUCAUUGUACUGAUUUUAUAAAUAACGACCAAUAUUACAGGUUCUAUAGCCUUUUGUCUAUACCAAAUUAAUAUCUGUACGUUAUUGUCUAUUCUAGUAAUUCCUCUAAAAUGACAAAUAUCAAAUGUAAUAUCACAUUUAUCGUAAACCCAGACCUUGAAUCGUGUUUUUACAAGAAAGGGGGAAAUGGUUUCUCCUCCAGACCUUCAGUGUUCUGUUCUGAUUCUGCAACAUGCAGAAAUGCAGUGCACUGCCUGAUCCAGAUAAUGCUAUUAGCAGCCCAGUGUGGUUUGUUCUGUUUCCUGUAUUUGCAACAGAAUACUCUGUAUGUAAGUGUUAAUCAUUAUUAAUCUCAAUUUUUGUAAGGUGAUCAGGGGUUAUUUCAGAAAGUGCAUUUAUGCAAUAACUCUUCUCUUAUUUUUCAAUAAUAUUUUUGUGCUUGAUGAUGAUGUAUUUGAAGGAUAAUGUGGGGUUCAAGUAGCCAGGGUCAUAAAAUAAUAUGGAUGGCCACUGGCCUUUUGUACCGUUAACAGAUUGUUAAAAACUGUUAUUAAACACAUGCU